AGCUGUUCUGGUUCAGAACGUCUUUGUCCGUUGCGCCGUGGCUCUAUGGACGGCCUUGGACAUCCCCAGGCAAAUGGGCCGCCCUCACCCGACGGCCCACCCGCCUACACCUUUCCGCAGAGACCCGCGCAGAACGUCAGCCCCCGCGCGAGAGGCAGGGGGGCGCCUGCGCGCCGCUCAGACUCCGACUUGGAUGAGGAGCCCUACGGCUACACCAAGGAGAACCUACCUCCAUGUUCGGAGCACGAGCUGGAGUUCAUCGUGCCUCAAGCCACCUCCUACGCCAGCGGCCAGAAAGUGCGGUCGCCACCUCUGGUCGUGCGGAACUUCAGAUUUAGGAUACUUUGCUUCCCUGCGGGCACCUCCAGCGCUGGUGGCUCUGCGGUGAGCGCAUUUGUUGAGGCCGAUCCGCCGGAAGGGCUGGACCCUCGAUGGGUCUUCCAGGGCGUGAAGUACCAGGUGGUUCUGGUCAACUGGCUGGACUACCGCAGAAGCGCCCAUAAGGUCGACAGCUGGAACUUCUCCAAGGAGGGAAUCGACCGAGGUUGGCACGAAAUGGUCAGGACCGCGGAGCUGUCUCAGGACACGGGAUGGUUAGGCCCCAACGAUAGCCUCUGCUUCCGGGCGUGCUGCUGCGUUCGCCAGGCGGACAGCAUUGCGAUCGGCUCCGAGUACAACCCUAGGAGAGAGACCGGCUAUGUGGGGCUCAUGAAUCACGGCGCAACGUGCUACAUGAACGGCUUGCUGCAAAGCCUGUUCCAUGCCGGCGAGUUCAGGCAUAUCGUGUAUUCUAUUGACACCGAGAAGGACGAAAAGGAUGACGCUGCCAUGGAGAAGGGCGACCCGCUGGAUGAAGGCGACAUUUCGCUGAUCCAGGCGCUGCAGAACGUCUUCUACAAGCUCCAGACCUCCGAGACAGCGGUGAAUUGCAAGGAGCUGAUGAAGUCCUUCGGCUGGGACACCACGGACGCCUUCACCCAGCACGAUGCGCAGGAGCUGAACCGGAUUCUCUGUGACCGCUUGGAGGAACAGAUGAAGGGCACCAAGAUGGAUGGCUCCAUCAAGCGGCUAUUCGAAGGCGAGAUGGAGAACUAUAUCGAGUGCCUGGAUGUCAACUUCACCUCCAAGAGAACAGAGACGUUCUACGACAUUCAGCUGAACAUCAAGAGCGAGCGGGGCCACGAUCUGCAGACCAUCGAGGAGUCUCUGCGAGAAUUCACGGCAGACGAGAUGCUGGAUGGGGACAACAUGUACGAGGCCGAGGGCCAUGGCAAGCAGCGGGCAAAGAAGGGCAUCCGCUUUGUGACCUUCCCGCCGGUGCUGAAUCUGCAGCUGAAGCGCUUCCACUUCGACAUGGAGCGGAUGGACAUGGUGAAGCUGAACAGCCGCUUCGAGUUCCCCCGGCGCUUGGAUCUCUCCCAGUUCGCGCCCGGCGCGGGGCACUACCAGCUACAUUCCGUGGUGGUGCACAGCGGAGACGUGAACAGUGGCCACUACUAUGCCUACAUCAGGCCAAACCUGGAUGAGCGGUGGGUGAAGUUCGACGAUGACAAUGUGACCUUUUGUAGCGACUUCGCCGCGGUGGAGGACAACUUUGGAGGCUGCGAUCUCAAUACCUGCAACUACUUUGAUCGCAGUCCCGGAGAGCUGAGACAUUUUCAGUGGCCCACGCGCGCGCGGAUCCACAAUGCGUACAUGCUCGUGUACAUCCGCGAGGAUUGCGCGGAAGAUGUCUUGAAGGUCCCAGACCCCCUUCAGGUGAACCGAAGAAUGGUGGACAGGUGCAACGCGGAGGUGAGAAUGUUGGAGCAGCGCCGGCGAGAGAAGCUGGAGCUACAGACAAAGAUCAGGAUCAAUUUGGUGCUGGAGCACGACUUGUGCUCCAUGAUUGGCUUCUGGGAUUACAACAUCCCCAGCAGGCGCUCCUUUGAGAUGAAUCGGGACCAGUUGGUGAAGGACUUAUCGGCCCAGGCGAGCGCUUACCUACAGGUUGAUGCAAACCAUGUGGCCCUCUUCAGCCUGCACAUGCGGUCCACGGCAAGACAGGUGAGGUUCGAGUUCAUGCCGUUGGACAAGACGUUGAGGUCGCAGAUCCCGCAGGUCACCUCACCUCACUACGACUCCUCCAAUCCCAGCUUGACGGUCCUUUGCGUGGCUGCCAAUGGCUACGAGGUGUCACCUGCACCUCUGAGGUGGAACCCACCAGCGCCCAGCGACCGCCCGGAGGAGCUCUCAAGGUGGGACGAGGAGCAGGUGGUGAUGCUGGUGGUAAAGUACUUCUGCGUGCAGACGCGGAAGAUCAUCACUCUCGGCUGCUUCUACAUGCCGACCACUAACACUUUGGUGGAAAUGGUAAAGCACAAGUGGGUCCACGAGAGGCUCCAACCCUUUUUGGACACUCAGCAGGUGGCGCCUCUGCCUCCCAACAUGAGCUCUGCGGCUAGGGAGGAUGGCGCGCUCACCUGGGAGUGCUGGGAGGAAUACACCGAGCGAGAGGUGCAGCAGCGGAACCCCCGGAAGACCGUGAAGUCCGAGCGCUUGUGGACCGGAGACAUCCUCGUGUGGCAGCAGGUCUCUCCCCCGCCCGAGGUGGCUGGAGAGGAGUAUUUGCUUCAGCCCGGUCAGGUUGCUCCCACCUACCCGGUGAACAACGUGGCCGAUUUGGCCGAGCAUCAGUUGAAUACCAUCGACGUGCAAGUGACUUUGGUGGACAGCAAACAGCCACUUUGCAUCGACGGCGUGGUGAUGAACGGCCACUGGGGGCCUUACAGGCCAUCCACAGAGGGUGGAAGGGAAGAGAAGCCAGAGGACGCGGCGCUUGCAAAGAGCCCCUCAGCCUUCACUCCGGCAGUGACCAAGGAGCUCCACAUGGAUCUGCGCUGGCAACAGCACCAUGUGGUAGGCGUCCUUGCCCAAGCCUUUGAUCUCAAAAACGUGGCGACGGCAGCCGAUCCCACUCCUCAGCCGGAGACCUUCCUGUGGCUGUUCCAGUCAUCGCCCUCCAAUGGUGAGGAGCCGCUGCCGCACUCGUUGAACCGGACGAUUCUGAAGGACAUCCAGAGGCUUGCGCCAUAUGUCCCGGCGUCCGCAGGCAAGAAGCCUCUGAACGUCCACGCAGUUGAGAUGCCUUUCCGACCAGGCGUGGAGCCUCCUGAGUGGGCCUUUGGCGUCCGCUUUUUCGACUCGGCCGUCCGAGAGGUUGGGAGCGCGAUCUGUGUUCUAAAUGCCAACGGCACCGUAGAGGACUUGCUGACGGCAGUCGCGCCAAAGAUCCAGCCGGAGUGGAACAUCACUGGCCCACUGCGGGCGAUGGAGGUGAUCGAUGGCCUAGCAAAUGUCUACAGGCCCCAGACCUUGCUGCGGACCCUGCACUGCUACGGCAAGUUCAAUAUGCUCUAUCACUGCAUCCGCGUUGAGGCGGAUCCCGGUGCCGGGAUGCCUCCGGACCAACAUCUGGUGGAGGUUCACCACUGCGACCGCUCCAGCCAGCAGGCCUUUGGCCAGCCUUUGUUUCUUCCCGCUGCGCCCGGAGAAAAGGUCGGGAGCUUCAAGUCCCGCUGCAAGGAUCGAUUGGGUGUUUCCGAGAAUGAGUUCAAGACCUGGAGGCUGGUCCGCAUUGGCCAGAGGUCCGGGCGUCAGCAUUUGAAGGAUGAUGAGCUCCUUGAGGUUUCGGAGGAGGGGAGCCGGCUCUGCUUGGAGCAUCUUCAUCCGAAUCCAAGUUAUGCUAGAACAUCCAGAUACAACAAGCCCUUGACAAUCAAGUGAGAGCGCAGCCCUGCGCUUGUAAAUAGCCCGCGCCCGUUUGGACCAUGCAGUAAUUGGUUACCCUCG